AGUGAGAAGCCAUAUUCGAAAAUGUUAACCUCGAGUUCACCGAAUUUCACUUCUCUACGUUUUCCUCUUUGUUCCUUUCUGUCUUCAAUCCCUUUUCGUCUUCUUCUAUAUGAUGCCUGUGGUGGAUGAUAUAACUUCUAUGCAUUUCAAAUUCCCUGUUAUUCUUUAGCUCAAAUUGCCCCAUUAUUGCUACUUCCCACAGCAACUGUACGUGUUACUGCUUGUGCAGAUACAUAUCUGUGGACAUCCUAUGCACUUCAAUUGAACAAGAUAUAUGGGGAGCGAGUUGUGGUUUAGUAAUUUAUUGUGGAAUUCAGGGAAAAAUGCAAGGAGGAGUGACAAGAAAGUAAUUGGAGUUUUAGCAUUUGAAGUAGCAAGUUUGAUGUCCAAGGUUGUCAACUUAUGGCAUUUUUUGAGCGAGAAGAAGAUAUAUAGGUUGAAGAAAGAGAUUGUGAAUUCAAUUGGGAUUCAGAAGCUUGUAGCUGAUGAUGAUGCUUAUGUUAUGGAUCUUGCACUAAAUGAGAUAAUGGAGGAGUUUGGACUUGUAUCAAGAUCUGUGGCCAGGCUUGGGAAGAGAUGCCUUUCUCUUUUUCGCCAUUUUGAACAUUUUGUUAAUAAUCCACUUCAGCGCAAUCUUGAAUGGUCUGGGUGGGAUUAUAGAUUGAAGAAGAUGGAGAGGAAACUGAAAAAGAUGGAGAGGUUUGUUGCAGUUACAAUGCAACUGGCUCAGGAGCUUGAAGUUCUUGCAGAGCUUGAGCAAACUGUAAGCAGAAUACGGGCAAAUCCUGAUCUAAAUCGAGGGAAAUUGCUUGAGUUUCAGCAGAAGGUGAUGUGGCAACGACAGGAAGUGAGAAAUCUACGUGAGAUGUCUCCAUGGAUUAGAACUUAUGAUUACAUUGUCCGGCUUCUGGUAAGAUCACUCCUAACAAUACUUCAGAGGAUCAAGCAUGUUUUUGAGCUGAGCCAAAUGCCAUCUCAAGAGAGAAACAAUGUUCAUGAACAUAUGCAUCCUAAUUGUAUUCCUCAGAGUGAUUCCUUUUCUGCUGUGCACUCAUCAAUACAUACUUCAGAGAGGAUUUUAUGUAGAUUCUCCUCAGGGCCUGAUUCAAUACCACGAAUUACGCCUGAGAAGAAUAAAAUAAACAAGCAGCUACAACUUCAUCCUCAAUCAUCCACUCUACAUGGAAAGCAUCAUAACUUUAGAACCAGCUGGUUGGCUCAUGUUGGACCUUUCAAAGAAUGUGUGAUAAGUGGAACCGAGUCUCCUCUUCUUCUGGAGAGCUGCAAGCCAGAUGUAUGCAAUUCCAUUGAGUGCACUGCUGAUUAUAUGAAAAAUGUUGCCAAAAUGGAAAACUUGAAUAUGGGAUCUCUUAUUUGCAGCAAUAGAAUUUAUUCCAAAUUAGCCCUUUUCAGUUCCAAGUGUGGCUUGUUGAAUGCUCCUCCAUCUACUCUUGGUCAUGCUGCAUUAUCUCUCCACUACGCAAAUAUGAUCGUGUUGAUCGAGAGAUUAGCUUCAUCACCUCACAUGAUUGACCUUGAAACAAGAGAUGAUCUGUAUAAUAUGUUACCCACAACCAUAAGAACAGCUCUGAGAACUAGGCUCAAGGCUUUUGGCAAUACUCUAGCUCCAUCUGCAUAUGAUGCUUUCAUUGCAGCAAAAUGGAGUCUCAUGCUCAAAAGCAUAUUGAAAUGGCUGUCUCCUCUGGCUCAUAACAUGAUAAGAUGGCACUCGGAGCGAAAUUUCGAGAGGAAGCAAGAGGUUUCCAGGACAAAUGUGCUUCUGGUACAAACACUUCAUUAUGCAAAUCAAGCAAAAACUGAGGCUGCAAUUACAGAGCUUCUUGUAGGCCUCAGCUACAUCUGCAGGAUUAAUGGGGACCUGAAUGAAAAAGGUUAGCCAGAGACUUCAAAAUUUGGAAUUAAAUACAGUUAUGUGCUUAAAAGGCAGAACAAUAUAUGCAAUAGGAUAUAGAAUACAACGGAUUCUCAUUUUAUUUUUGUUCAGCUGAAAAAUAUCACAGAUUCACAUUAGCAGUUGGUGAAAUCUAGCUGUUCUUAUGAUCACCUCUCUAAAGAUAUUAGUAAUAAGGCGAAUGAGCGAGGCAUCUGCACUCUGGUGCAUACACCCAAUCGAUCUAGAAAUGUUAUAUAUGUUAAAAUUAUACUAGGUCCCAUUUAUAAAAGUAUGGUUUCUUGUUGUUGGAUGUUUAAACA